AUGCCAUACUUCGCCACGAGCCAGGAAUGGCUGCACCAGUCUUCGCUCCUCCUCGAAGCGCGACCAACAACCACACGCAUAACAACCAAAUACCACAUCAGCAAACCCAAGCCCCGCCGCACCAAAAAAGCUCCAACCUCCUCCCCCUCCACAACAACCGACUCCGCUCCCACCGCGCCCCGCGGCUCCCUCACCCUCAAAGCCUACGACCCGCAUUCCGGCGCCUGUCUCAAGUACCGCACGACCAAGGCAGCCGAAGUAUCGCGUCUGAUCCAGAGUCUAGGCCGGCCGUUAGGAGCGCGCAUGGCCGCGCUGCCGCUCCCCGAGGCCGCGGACGAGGUCAUGGCCGACGCGCCGCUUGCGGCGGGGACGCCGGCGGAAGAGAAGAAGGGGGAGGAUGUGGUAGGACCGGCGCAGCCGGAAGGAAGUACAGGUGGUGGAAAGGCGCCGGGGCAGGGACAGGCGGGAGGUGGUGGUGGUGGUGGGAAGGGGAAGAAGAAGCGUGGAAAGAAAUGA